CAGGUCUCGGGCCCUCAGGCGGAGCGGCGGGCGCCGGACCCCCAGAUGGAGCGACAGGUCUCGGGCCCUCAGGCGGAGCGGCGGGCGCCGGACCCCCAGGUGGAGCGACAGGCGGGGCGGCGGGCGCCGGGAUCCCCAGGCGGAGCGGCGGGCGCUGGACCCCCAAGCGGAGCAACAGGUCUCGGGCCCCCAGGCGGAGCGGCGGGCACCGAGACACCAGGCACGACAGUGGGCUCCGAGUCAACUGGUAUGACCGCGGGCACUGGGUCAGACAUUGGAUCGUCUGGCUGGACAGCGGGCAUCGGGUCACCAGGCAUCAAGUCAUUUGGCUCGACAGCGAGCACCGCGUCAUCUGGCAAGGCAGUGGGCUCCGAGUCAACUGGCAUGACCGCGGGCACC